AUGUCCAAAUCACAUUUAAUCAUAGUGCCGUGCCAUUCUAUUUGGAAUCCAUUCCGUCACAGUCAAGUUCCAAAUGGUAAGUCCAAUUUGGGCCAAAAUCCUGAGCAUUGGUAUUUAAAACCAUUUCAAUUACAAGGUAAUGACCAUUUAGCAUUUAUCAAGCAUGGAUUGCAAGCGAUCAUAACUUUACUCAAAGACGAAAAGGAUGAGUCCUUUUUAGUCUUUUCAGGUUCUCAGACUAUAUUGGCUGCUGGCGCACUUUCAGAAUCGCAAAGUUAUUACCUUUUAAUGAGACAAUUGUUGAGAGCAUCUGAUGGUCAAGACCCACCAAAUUUUGACGGAAUUGCUAAAUUUAUCAAUGAAAUCAAACAGUUGUUGGCUAAACGUGAAAUUGAUAUCGAAACCCUUUUCAACACUAGAGUCACAACAGAGGAAUAUGCAUUGGAUUCAUUUGAUAAUUUAAUCUACUCCAUCUAUAGAUUUAAACAAAUGAAUGAUAGUUGGCCACAGGAGAUAACAAUUGUCGGAUUUGGAUUUAAAAAGAAAAGGUUCUUAGAAUUGCACGCGAAGGCAAUUGAUUUCCCCAAGGAACGCAUGAACUACAUUUCUAUAGAUCCAUCACCAAAGGGUUAUAUCAUCAAUGAAACAAACCAGUACUUUCAACAUUUAGCCGAGAUGGAAUUGAAAAAUGCAGUAUCUUUAUUCGAAAAGGAUUGGUUCGCCACAAGAGAUCCGCUCUUGACAAAGAAACAAUCUCGUAAUCCGUUCAAAAGAUCGAAUGAUUAUGAAGAUGUACGUCUUUUCAAUUUGAAGAGUCCCAUCGAUCAUGACAAACUGUUUUUCGAUAUAUAUAUAAGGGACAAGAUGCCCUGGUCAAAAAAAGAAUAA